GUGAGUUAUGCUUUCUGAAAACAUGGCUCCGUGAAGCGCACAACAAAACACCAGAGUGGAGUUUUAUCUGACAUAUGCUGUUCAGAUACAAAAUGAAGGUCAUAUAUAGUGUUACACGCCGUGUUCCGAAGUCAUAGAGAACAAUCCUGUGACAGAUUGACUUAAAACAGUGCUUUAAAUUAGCAGGGCAUUGUUAGCUCAGUGCUAAAUUCAGCUUGCUACAAGUUUGACAAACGAGCUGGCGGAGAGUGUUGCUUUAAGAGCGUGUCGUCAGCUCCAAAUGAAGCUGUGAAUGGAACAAGACUUGCAGAGUGUCUGUUACCUGCACCAGUCACUAUGGAUUGGCUUAUAGAUGCUGUGGGGAAAGACCUGGGCAUUGACCAACAUCAACUGGGGCCUGGACCUAGGCCUGCAGAGCUCACAGCUCUAGUGCCUACACGCUGGGUGACAGGUCUCAGGGAGAGACGGGUCCUCCGUUGUCCUCGCUUUAAUAGCAGCAAUGAGACAGAAGUUGGCUCUUAUCUUCACUGUAGUCAUGCAAAAUUGCCUUCUGGAUGGACUCGAGUUUGCAUUCAGGGCCUACGGAAAAGCAGACUGGACUAUAGAUUAGCAAGAGAUCCAUGUUACAAUCAAAAUGAGCUCAACUCACAACAUUCUUUUAUCAAAACCAUGCAAUGUGUGUCCCAACAUAAUAUCAGAAACCUGUGGUAUGAGGCACAUUGUAAACUUGUACAGCCAUAUGCAGGGGCCUGCGAACAGAUGCAUGUUGCAGCUGUUGAUGCCAUACGCAAUGCACUGCAAAAACUUUUCAACACCACAUUUAUCACAGCUGAUAAAGUGUCACCAUCCAUGUCUCCAGCAAAAGAAAAAGACCUUUUUUCAUCCUCUUGUUUUUCCAAGUCUCAGUCAGAUGCCCUGUGCCCAAAUAUUCUUCCUGCAGAGUGUCUUUUUGAGACUGCUGAUAUGCUUUAUGUCAUUCUACCUUAUACUCAAUAUACUUUACAUGACAUUGUGUCUUUCAGCCCAGCCAAGCUGUCAAACAGCCAUGCAAAAGUGUUGUUCAUUAUCUACCAGAUAUUAAUAGCCUUACAGGCCUCCCAUGCAGCUGGCUUGUCCUGUGGAGAAUUAUCUCUUCAAGAUAUAGCAGUUGAUGAGCAGCUUUGCAGCCGAGUCAGACUUAACCUGGCUCACUAUGAAAAUCUCAGUACAGAAGAGGGUGAGCCCAGUGUCAAUGAUAAGAAAAAUGCUACUCUGCUUUCUAGCAGCACACUAGUACAAAAUAACAAAACACUUUGUGAAGAUUGCUUUGGUGAGCUUAAGACUUUGGUUUUAGACUGGGUUCAUGGGAAAGUUAGCAACUUUCGUUACUUGAUGGAACUUAAUCGGUUAGCCGGUCGCCGUUAUGGAGAUCCUAAUUACCAUCCAGUCCUUCCAUGGGUGGUUGAUUUUACUGUGCCAUUUGGAAAAUUCCGUGACCUUCGGAGAUCAAAAUUUAGACUAAACAAGGGUGACAAGCAGUUGGACUUUACUUAUGAGAUGACUAAAGAAGCUUUGGCAGCAGUGGGCAAUGGAGGACGGGGCGGGGGUGUAGGAGGAGACCUCAGUGGCUUACUUGCCUCUGGUAAUGCUGGACAGUCUGACCAUCUUCAUUUUCCUCAUCACAUCUCAGAUGUGCUUUCAGACAUAACAUAUUAUGUUUACAAAGCACGACAAACUCCCAAAUCUGUGUUGUGCAGUCAUGUGAGAUCUCAGUGGGAGCCCAAUGAAUAUCCAGCAAGCAUGGAACGAAUGCAGAGCUGGACCCCUGAUGAAUGUAUUCCUGAGUUUUACACAGAUCCUUCUAUUUUCCGAUCCAUUCAUUCUGACAUGCCAGAUCUGGAUGUACCCUCUUGGUGCAAGUCUUAUGAAGAAUUUAUUGAGGUCCACCGGCAUCUUCUAGAGAGUCGAGAAGUGUCUCAACAUUUGCAUCAUUGGAUAGACCUCACCUUUGGUUAUAAAUUGUCAGGAAAAGAAGCUGUCAAGGCCAAGAAUGUAUGCCUUCACCUUGUCGACAACCACAUAAAUCUGACCACUUUCGGUGUUGUACAGUUAUUUGACCAACCUCACCCGCCUCGCCUGUCCCCAUUCCAGUAUGCCCCAGCAGAACCUCCUCUACUAGGCCUUGCCUCUCUAAAUGUGCCUUCACUACACAUUCCUCACACUGGUGCAACCACAGACAGAAUAGACGGACAGGUGCCAGAAACCACAGGAUGUGAGUCAAGUGGUUGGACUAUGGUUGACAAAGAUGAAGAGCUGGAACAAGGUAUGGAAGCCCUUGACUCAUUAGCAUCUUCUGGCUCUUCUUCGGCAGUUACAAAUGUUACUACAACACCUGGUAAGUUAAGUGCAGACCAUUCAGUUCAGAGCUCUCAGCCACCAGGGACUGAUUUCCCACCUCAUCUAGGCCCAAACCUACGUAGCUCUAUGGCAGCUAAAGGAGGAAUCAAAAAGUACUCUGAGGCUAAUGUUGGUGCCACAAAUGUAGACGAAAUUAAAAUAAAUCUUCCUGAAGGCUUCAACCCUUUACAACCUCUGGAGGAGCUGGAGAAAUUGAACAAUUUUCUAGUUAAGUGUCUACAUGCCAAAGUGCAAAAUCCUUUAAAUGAAGGCAUCACAGAGAGAGACACUCUGCCCUCUAAUAAACAGCUCUACCAGAGGGACAUGCAGGCUCUUGGAAUUGUCAUUGCUGAGCUGUUUUACUCCUUCAAACUCAGAGGGUUCAAACCAGACACUCCUCUUAGACGGAGAUUUCAAGCUGUCAGUAAGCUAUGCUCAGCUAGUCUUCGUGAUGUGCCACUGCCAUUGCAUUAUGCUCUUGAGACUCUCCUUCUUAUUGAAAAGCAUUCUAAUGUGGACAACCAUCAACUGCAAGAUUGCCCAAAACCACUGCUUUUCCAAUAUGCAGCUGUUCGAGAUGGUCUUCCACCUCCAAACCCCUGGCAAUUACUGAAUUCUGUCACCAGCCCUUUUCCAUUUCCUCCAUAUUUUGCUGCUCUGCAUAAUUUUAUUUUUUCAUAUCACACUAAAAUGGAGCCUGUCUGUAAUGUACAAGGAAGAGAUGUAGUCUUUCAUCUUUGGCAGAGACUUGAAACCUUGCUUGGUGAGAACAUCACAGCUGAGGGUCUUGAGAUUUUAUUGCCAUUUAUUCUCACCUUGAUGCAUGAAGAAUCCACAGCAAUUUAUGCUGCAUGGUACCUUUUUGAACCAAUAUCAAAAGUACUAGGUCCCAGAAAUGCAAAUAAAUAUUUAAUGAAGCCACUGAUCGACAUUUAUGAGAAUCCUCAGUGUCUUCGAGGGCGUUUCUACCUUUAUACAGAUUGUUUCAUUCUGCAGUUGAUUGUACGUCUUGGCCUUCAGGCUUUUCUGUCAAGCUUACUGCCUCACGUAUUGCAGGUCCUCACUGGCUUUGAAAGCUGCAACAUGGGCUCUGGUGGAGACACAUGUAAAGGUAGUGCGAGAGGAAAUGUAGAGGAGGAAGAAGAGGACUUUGAGUCUUCGUCAGGCUCUGUUUCAGCUCCUGUGGGUGGAGUGAGUGUAGCUGGGGGAGCAGUGGGUGACAGUGGGCUGGUGGACUACUCAUCUGGCGUUAGUCUCAAUGACCAAGAAUUUCUAACAGAUGACUUUCAAAAUGGCUUCUAUGUAAGCAGUGGAACAGGAAAACAACCCAACCAAAAUUCUGUAGCCAAGGAUCAAGACCAAGAGUCUCUGAGUGUAGGCAAACUUAGUGAUAAAAGUAGCACAAGUGAACUAUCAAUGGCUGAUGUCGACUCGAUGAGGGAUCGAGCCAGUUUGAAAUCUGCAGACAGCAGUCAAGACCUCAAACAGGCCAGUGAAGGUGAGGAGGGAGCAGAGAUGGAGGAAGAGGAAGUGACUGAGACCAGUGAAGGUAGAGAUGAACCAGAUGAACCUCCUAAUUCAACAGUAGAUCUAACUGUGUCCGAGAGCACAGAGGCCUCAGGAGCCACAGUCACCACUAUGGAGGGUGACUUUGUAAAUGGCAUGGUUCUGGAUCAGAGUGAGAAAGAAAUUGUGGAGGAGGAAGAAGAGGCUGAUAAUGAUCCAUCGGAAAAAUCAGAAGAGAGAGAGAAAAAAAUUCUAUUAGACACGAUCUGCAAAACAGUUCGAUGGCUAUCUGCAAAGCUUGGGCCAACAGUGACUUCACGCUAUGUGGCUCGGAAUCUACUACGGUUGCUUACAAAUUGUUACAUUGGACCUAAAAAUCACCAGUUUGUGACACCACCACAUGUGGAGUGCAGAACAGAGAGUGUGGAAAUGGGCAGUGUGUAUGAGAGGAAACCUGUAGUGGGUGACCAGACUGCAGGGCCAGUGCUCGAUUGUCUUAUUUACAUUGCACAACUAUAUGGAGAGCCGGUGCUCACAUAUCAGUACUUGCCUUAUAUUGGAUACCUUGUAUCUCCUCCUUCCUCUCAGCGUCUAAACACACGCAAGGAGGCUAGUUUGCUUGGUGCUGUUGCACUUACACAGAAAAUUAUUGUAUUUCUCUCUGAUACCACUUUAAUGGAUAUGCUGAUGAAGAUUAACCAAGAUGUUCUUUUGCCACUACUGGAUUUACUGACAACUCCUAAAAUGGGAUUUCCUAGUGGAGUCCAGACUCGUACUGCUGUGUGUCUCAAAACACUCAGCCUGAUGGCUCUUAUUUGUCUGCGCAUUGGGAGAGAAAUGGUCCAGCAACACAUGGCUGACACACUACGGAGGUUCUUUGCAGUUUUCUCACUGCUGCAUUCUUUGAAGCCCCAGCUGGACAGUGCUUCUCAGAGAAUGGUAGGAGAGGUGGCUGUGGUGGAUGUUUGUACCUCUGAAGAAUCAAAUGUCACAUAUGAAGUGGGAGUACUGGAAGAGCUGCAGACUGUGUUUAAUCCACAAAUGGCCCAUGCAUCCUAUGUACCAUUCUACUGCCUCAUAGGUGACUUUGCUAUUCGGAGACUAGUUCCCAACCAUGAGCUGGUGUGGCAGCUGUCUCAGUCCUACACUCCCAGACAAGACACCACAAAUGUGACUUCCUCCAGAGUGGAGCCCGUCGCUCUGUCGUCUAGUUUUAGCAGACAAGUACCCAGUCCAUUUCCUUCAUCUUCAGCUUCUUUCCACCCCCCAGAUUCUGAGUCAGGCACUUUUGGCAGCCACCUCAUAGGUAACCGGAUUCAGGUGUCUCAGGAUACAGAUUUUGGUGGCACAUCUAGCCUGUCCAGCUCUUGGGGACACUCAAGUAAUACUGGCCCAAUCGUUACCACUUCUUCCACAUUUACAACUGUAGCCACAAAUUCUUUUUCCAGUCCAUGGAUGACUGGGCAUACCCCUGAGGACAGUGCUUUAAAGCAGGAGCUCCCACGCAGUGGCCGUUCUCUUCAGGGAAACUGGCUGGCUUAUUGGCAGUAUGAGAUUGGUCUUAACCAGCAGGAUCAUUUUCACUUUCACCAGAUCCGCUUACAGAGCUUUCUUGGUCAUUCAGGAACAGCCAAAUGUAUAGCACCGCUGGCAGGGGAGGACUAUUUCCUCUCAGGCAGUAAAGACAAGACAGUGAAGCUGUGGCCUCUCUAUAACCAUGGCGACGGCACACAAGAAGUGGAACCCAGACUGACCUACUCAGAACAUCGGAAGUCUGUGUUUUAUGUUGGGCAGCUGGACUGUUCUCAGGAGGUGGUGAGCUGUGAUGGCACAGUGCACCUGUGGGACCAGUACACAGGAAAACUUAUUCGUUCUUAUGAAGCUGUGGAUGGGAAAAACCCAAUAACAUCUGUCACCACAAUGCCAGCUCCUCACUCCAGUGUAGUGUUGGGCAGCGCAGAUUCUGUUCUUCGUUUUAUUGAUCCUCGCAAACCAGGGCUACAGCAUGAGUUCCGUGUGGCUCAAAACAAUGCAAAUGCUGGUCUCAUCCGCUAUCUGGCUGUGAGUCCAGCAGGGCGCACUGUGGCAGCAGGUUUCUCAACCGGCUUCAUUGUUCUGCUUGAUGCACGCACAGGACUCGUUCUGAAGGGCUGGCCAGCUCACGAAAGCGAUAUUCUUCAAAUGAAGGCAGCAGAAGGAAACCUGAUCAUCAGCUCCUCCACUGACUACACGCUUACUGUGUGGAAAGAUGUGGAAAACAAGCCUCUUCGGCAGUACAAGUCACAGUCUGAUCACGUCCAUGCAUUUGACAUUUAUGGGUCUGAGAUUGUAACAGGAACAGUUUCUAAUAAAAUAGGGGUGUACUCCAUGGCAGACAUUUCACUAAGCCCCAUUAGCAGCACAAAGUUAAGCUCAGAGAACUUCCGUGGCACCCUGACCAGCCUGGCAGUUCUACCCACAAAGAGGCUUCUGCUCUUGGGCUCUGAGAAUGGAGCUAUCCGCCUCUUAGCAUAGGCUCAUUCAGAAGCACCCAUUAACCUUGCGUUGGCUCUCUUAAUAUUGUAUUGUCUGUUUGAGGUAGGAUGAUUGAUACUUUCACUAAAUGCACAAUAGAAAAAACAAAACAAACACAUUUAUAAAAUUCACAACUGUUGACAGUCAUCACCACUAUGGAGUUGUUUUAGAUUUGCCACCGUCUGGCGUAAAAUCGUCUUUUAAUGCUUACAGACUGUAUAAAUUGUAUUAUAGUAAACUGCAUUCUUUUGCAGAUUAAAGAAAACAUGCUCAGGAAAGUGGAGCCUAUUCUGGUUCUUUUUGUAGAGUUUACACUUUCCAAAUAGAUACAUAUAACACCAAAUAGACAUGAAUUUUGGUGAUUUAUUUCCCUUGACAUUCUAUAUUUAAAGGCACUGAUUAAACUAUGCAGUAUUUGUAGAUCAACUUAACCCUGUAAUGUUUAUUUAAUGUGGUUUAUUUCUAUGUUUUAUAAUUUGAAAUACAUUGUAAUCACAUUUUCAACAGUGCAUUCCUGUGGCUUAAAAGCUUCUUGCAGGUAAACGUCAAAUAAUGAGUUAGAGAUGCACACUUGUUUUCUAUUGCACAAGUAUUGUUUUUAUGUUGUCUUUUUUAAUGAAUGUUUUACCUAUUAAUAAACAACUACUUGAAUAUAAUUAAUUGCAGAGCUGUGGCUCAAUGAUGAUUUUGCAUACUGUUUGUAAGAUUCAGUCUAUAUAACAAUUGCACUUGCUUCUAAAUGAAAAAACAACCCCAUUUGUUUUACCUUUUAUGUGAACAUAUUUAGUUAGAAGGAAUUUCAAUAAAAACUCAUAUUUCUAAAGGCUCAGUA